UCGUCUCAGACAUGAUGUGCUGUGGUGCGUCGAUGCCCUUGUGCACUCAGCCAGUGCGCAGCGGUCAGAUUCAUGCGGUGAUAUGUUUUCAUUGCGUCCUCUCUGACGUGAAGAGCGACAGAGCCCCGAGGGUCGGAGAUGUAACUUCAGUUUCGUAGGAGAAAGCGUUUGCAUGCGCCACAGAAACCAGAAAAUAAGUGGAACUGGAAGUGCCCUUUUUCCUGUUUGUUUUCUUCAUUAUCACCGACUCGGAAAAACUAAGGCAGUUCUAAAGCCACAGGCACGCUGGUGGACACAUAAGGAUUUUCUGAUGAAAGUCAAGGUUGUCCAGCUUAGUCGAGGUUAACCAGCGAGGAAGAUUCAUUGCUUCUCACAGGAGUCCGGAGAGAUUUUUAGUUCACGCAAACAACCAACUUCAGUUUGAACGUGCUUAAAACAUGCGUUUGUACGAUGCAGGAAUGACCGGUCAUACGACAGACAAAACCGACUUAUUUGGCGUUCGAAGUUUUGUCGUUUGUAUCAUAACAUCUAUGAAAUAAAAGUUUUUAAAGAGUAUCUUACGUUUGUAUAGUCAAGUGUUGUUCACAUUUGGAAACGCGGACUAAAACGCUGGCUCGUGCUACCUUUUCUUCCCAAACAAGAGGAAUGCUUCGACGCUCUUGUGGAAAGGAUAUGUUGAACAGUUUCAUCAAAUAAACGUCAAUUAGUUUGUUUUUUUUACUCACUUACUUCUCAAAAGUCCCAAAAGGAAAUAUCCAAGUCCUGGAAUUGUAAGGUUUAAACUAAUUCUGACGCUUUUUUAACCAGCGACUGAUUGUUGGAAAUGAACCUGAGGUUUGAAAAGGACGUCCGUUAAAUAACCGUUGGAUCUGUCUGCGAACAUUAACGGGAUCUGGGAUCGUAAUAGGUACGAAACUGGUACUUCGAAUGGGAUCUAUCAUGAUUUCACUGAAUAUUCUGAGCGUCCUGUUUUUACUGGAUGAGGUGGUACUUUCCAUGGCCAGCCAUUCUGCCUUGUCAGGGCUGGGAACUCAUGGCUGGAGAGCCCCCAUGGACUGCCUGAGGGCCAGUGAGUUGUGCAACCAAAACUCACAGUGCAGCUCACGCUUUCGCAUCAUGCGCCAGUGCCUGGUAGGUCGUGACAGGAGUACCAUGCUGGCCAACAGGGAGUGUCAAGCCGCCCUUGAGGUGCUGCAGGACAGCCCCCUGUAUGACUGCCGCUGCAAGAGGGGCAUGAAGAGGGAGCUACAAUGUCUGCAGAGCUACUGGAGUAUUCAUAUGGGUCUCAAUGAAGGUGAAGAACUGUAUGAGACCUCCCCAUAUGAACCAAUGCAUCUCUCUGAUGAGUUUCGACUUGCAUCCAUUAUUUCUGCCAUGGACUCUGCUUCUGCAAAAGGGAAUAUGUGUUCUGACACAGGCAAGCCCUGCAACCCAUGCCUGGAUGCCACCAAGGCCUGCAACCUCAACGACACCUGCAAGAAACAACGCACUGCACUCAUGGCCACCUGCAACCCUGCAACUCCCAUUCAGCAAACUCACGAAACCUGCAACCGAAAACGCUGCCACAGAGGUCUGCGGCAGUUCUUCGACCGCGUACAAACGGAAUUCAGCUACCCGUUACUCUUCUGCUCCUGUCGGGAUAAAGCGUGUGCUGAACGUCGCCGGCAAACCAUCAUGCCUGCGUGUUCAUAUGAAGAGAAGACAAAACCCAACUGCCUUGAGCUAAGGAGGACCUGCCGUUCAGAUCCGCUCUGCAGAUCCAGGCUGGCAGACUUCCACAUGAAUUGCCAGACGACACCGCAUUCAAUAACAAGCUGUCCUAAUGAUAACUACCACGGUUGUCUGGUGUCCUACGUUGGACUCAUUGGAUCAGAUGUGACUCCAAACUACGUGGAUGCCAGCCACACCAACAUCACCAUUUCCCCUUGGUGUGGCUGUCGAGGCAGUGGAAAUCACGAAGCUGAGUGCGAGACCUUCCUCCGAGACUUCAGAGAGAACACUUGCCUGAGAAACGCUAUCCAGGCAUUUGGUUAUGGCACGGAUGCGGGUCUAGUUCCCAUUACAGAGUCUCAGUCGGCAGUCCCAUCAGUACAGACCAAUCUGCAGCCGGCUAUCAUCACCAAACAUGUCAUCAACUCCAAUGAUGUCAAGCAAAUAGACAGUGCAUGUGUUUACUCCACAUGCGCUAACCUUCAGGACAGUGAGCAGAAAUGUUCUCCUUCUAACAGUUUUGAUUGUGCUGACGAGAAUGUGGUGAACCCCAAUAUGGAGGGAUCCAUUGACUCGGUGGGCUCUCACCAGGCUGACAACAACAGAGCCAGACAUUCAUCUGUGACUUCAAUCAGUGUUUCUGCCGCCACACUGACACUGGCCUUUGCACUGGUCAAUCAGGUUCUGUAAACACAACCUGACUCUACAACACCAGGAAGCAUCUGAAGGAUUCUUCUGACCUCAAUCAAAGAACUUCUCUAAACUGACAUUGAUCUUUCUCUCUCUCUCUUAGUGUGUGUGUAUGUGUGUAUCACACGCCAUCUUUAAAAACCAGUCGAAACAAAAAACAACAAAUCCCUAAAAGGAGCUUCAAAAAGACUAAAUACCACUGCCCCCAUCCAAGAGAAAGGGAGGAACCACCAGCGUUGUUGAGAAGCUGACAGGGAACACAGAGAACUUCUAUAAUCUUCUUCUCUUGCCAGGAGAAAAGUAGCCCACUAUGUUCUCUCAUAUUAUGAUGGACAGAUGAUUGAGGACAUGCUGUAAAUUGCAGCCGGGCGAUCAUGUGACCCAUUGAUGAACUCUCUCUGUAUAUUUACCUAGAGAUAUAAAGUAACCAUUAUAAAAACAUCACUAUUCGCUAUCCCCCGCGCACAUCAGUACAAAAUUGCUCACUGCCUUGAUCAUUACCAAAUAAUUGUAUGUAAAUGUUUCUUUUGUUCAAAGAAAAAAAAUAUAUAUUGAUGAAAUCUCAAUUUGUGCUCUUUUUAAUUUCUCAAAUUCGUUUACAGCGAACUACAAGGAUUCAUCAGCGACACAUUUGGAACAAACAAUUUGGCUAGACUUGGUCCAUACUGCCCUGUGUAAAAUGUGUAUAAUGAUGUUUGUAAGUAUAUGAGAUUCUUUGAGAAAAUGUCAAGCUUUUUUUUCCUGUUUUAUCUCUAAAGAACCUUUAGCAUGUGCUGGAAAGCCGAGAGACGUGGGGAACAUGAAAAAAGGUGGAGAGCCACGUGAAACGUAUCACCAUGGAGAGCCGUCAGUGCCAAUGAUGUUCGUCUUAGGCUGUUAUUAUGUGUAAUCAUUUCUUUCUUGCCAAAAGACUUGGAUUAUAUUCAAAGAAAAGUGCUCCAGGGAGAGUGGAACAAAAGAUCCAUUUGCGGAGAGGGUCAAUUGUUGGUGUAUUUUAUAGUGUGCAAUCUAUCGUGUGGCCUUACUUUUUUGUCUUUGCUCUGUUCCUCUCUCUUAUGUAAUGGUUUCAGACCAUACCACUUGCAGAUUUGCCACCAAGUCCGACUGAGAUGAUUUUAGACGUUCAAAAAUAGCAGCUCCUAUGACUCAAAAACGUCUUGGUUUAUUUGUGAUGCUUUAAAAUUGAGGCAAGAUGGAGGCUCAAGAAUGUGUCAGAAAUAUUUGUUUAAAUCUGAAUAAAAACAUCCUAGUAAUGUC